AUGAGGCGUGAAAGAAAGAUCCAAGGAUCUGUGGCAAAUAAGGGAUCUUACCAAGACCGUCUACUGAAGGAGUACAGAGAGAGCAGUAACCAAACGGUUGAGAUUAUGGCUGAGAACGUUGAUGACGUUGAACUCACACAUGAUGAAGACCUGUACAUGGAAUGCCUGGAAGUGGGCACCCAGAUUAAAUGGAGUUUCCAGAUCAAAACAGAGAGAUUACUCUCGCAUGUAGCCCUGCUUAAGAACGACAAGAGAGGCGUUUUCAGCCUGGGUCUCAGCACCCAAGGCAAGGUCUGCACAUAUGCAGAAGGAAAGUCUUUCGCUAAGUCCAGCCUGUGUUACGAAGUCAACGUCACCUUUAUGUGCACAUCCUGCCAUAUUGGUCUGUGUGAGCAGUGGCUGGUGUUCGACUUUGGUAUGAGACCAGUGCUUUUGAAGAAGAUCAAGGUGAGGGUGGGAGCAGCUAUGCCUCUUCUGAAAACAGAGGAGGGGGUGGAAACUAUAGCACCUGCUCUGGAGCGUUGGCACAAAGGAAACCGAACAAUCAUUCCCCACCCUCGAGUGAAUAGGGCAGAAGAACUUCUGGAAAAGUAUAGGCUUCCUGAAACAAGGGUCGAUACCAGCGGUACAGUGGAAAGCCUUGCCAUGAUCCGUCCUUAUGAGUACAGGGACAAAAUGCAUGGAUUUCUUUACACGGAGGAACGUGUUGAGACGGAUAUAAUUAGAAGGCUUGAUUUCCGUGGAUUCAUUACAGUCUCGGCUUGUUCAGCAGCCCCUGGAGACUUUAUUGGCUCAUUGCCUUUCUCCCAUGCUGCAACCCAAGGUACCCCAGAGGGUGUCCUGCUAAAACGAGAGGUGGAGACCGUUCUUGUAGGUUUGGUUUCUCCUGAAGAUCAAAAACCUGAGAAGAAAAAGAUUUAUGAAGCGCUUAUCGUUGAAGAGUUCGGUAGUGAGGCUGAGAUCCACCUGAAACUGUCAAGAGAAUGCGGUUCAGUCCUGGGUUUGCGAAAGGGUCAGACACAUGAAGUGGAGGUGCAGUUUCAGUUGAACCGCCUGAGUUUCCUUGAGAUGCACAAGGCUAUUGAUCUCCUUCCACACCUUAAUAAUGUCCUACCUGAUUUCACCAAGUGCUGCCUUCCUUCACAUUUCACAAAGUACCCACACCUCAACGGAAAACAGCAAGCUGCCAUGGAGUUCAUGCUCGGUGACACAGACGGCCAACAUGGUGUGGCGCCAUUGCUGAUAUAUGGUCCCUUUGGAACGGGAAAAACGUUCACGCUAGCCUCGGCUGCAAAAGAGGUUGUCUGCCAGAAAGGUGGCCGUGUUCUCAUCUGCACUCAUACAAACAGCUCUGCAGACAUAUAUGUCAGCCGUCACUUCCAUCAAUUCGUCCAAAAUGGAUGUCAUGACGCUAGACCACUAAGAAUCAAGAAAAGCUCAGGCCUUAACGCCACAGAUAGUAUAACCCUGAAGUACUGCCUUGUAUCUCAAGAUGGGCAGUUCAUCAUGUUGCCAAGAAGAUCUGACUUGGAUUCGCACCGUAUACUGAUUACGACAACAUUGUGGGCAAAGAAACUCUGUAGCAUGAACCUCCCCAAAGACUACUUCAGCCACAUCCUGAUAGACGAGGCGUCCCAGAUGCUGGAGUGCGAGGCGCUGGUUGCCCUUGGAUUGGCAGGUCCUGCCACGAGAGUAGUCUUAGCUGGAGAUCACAUGCAGAUGGGACCCAGGCUGUUCUCCGUGAAUGACGACACGCGCUCAGAGCACACACUGCUCAACCGUCUCUUCUACUACUACCAGUCUCAAGAGAAAGAACUAGCUUCAAAGAGCAGAAUAAUCUUCACUGAAAACUACCGCUCCAACGAAGACAUUGUCAAGUUUGUCUCGACUCACUUCUACACUGGCAAGAGCGUAGCCAUCAGGGCUUGUGGAGAUGUACCCCCUCACCCGAAACACUAUCCCCUGAGGUUUCACCAUGUGAGGGGGGAAUGCCGACUGCAUGCAAAGAGCCAGUCUUGUUACAAUUGGGAAGAGACAGAGUGUGUCGUUAAGAUUGUGAAGGACCUCUAUGACCAAUGGCCUGUUCAGGAGUGGGGUGUGGAGAAGAAAGAAGCCAUCUGCAUUCUCACCGAGGGUAGGCAGAUUAGAUUCAUAAGAGAUGCCCUGAAGAGCAAACGACUAGAUGGGUUGGUGUUGGUGCAAAGCGUAGCCAAUAUCCAAGGCAAGCAGUUUAGGGUUAUAGUGAUGUCUACAGUCCAGACAACUGAUCAUCUACUGGCGUCCAAAUGUUGUCUGGAGUUCUUCAAUGAUGCCCGUGUCCUGAAUACGGCCAUGACCAGAGCCCAGUCUCAGGUGAUAGUGGUGGGAGACGCUGCAGCUCUCUGCUACUUCGGGAAAUGCUCCAGAACAUGGAGGUGUUAUGUAGAACACUGCAUCCAGAAAGGGAGUGCGCAACCCGAAUAUCUUACCGAAGAGUUCCUGAGAGAAGAGGUGGAAGACCUUUCCAGAUUCCAAAGACCAGAGUAUGACGUUGAUGCGGAAGAACCCCCUCCACCAGUUGCUCAGGAUGAAGUGGAUCCAAUACUACAACAAAUGAUCAAAGAGUAUGCUGAAGACAAUUCUGAUGAAUCAGAUAUAGACAGUGAGAGUGAGGCCACCUAUGCAUCUCCACAAUACUCAAGAAGAUGUGGACAAGGAGGACUGCUCCGGCAGCCAUUUAACACAAGCCACAGUAGAAGAUACAGAGAGCCCUCUGACCACAUGUUAAGUCAAGCCAGUAACAGCAGUCUUGUGGGUCAGUCCUUUGUGUGCUUUCUUGAGGAUGACUUCCAGUACAAAAUGCAAUACAAGGAGAAGAAAUUUAUUCAGAAAACAAUGGUGCCCCUUAGGAAUGGAGUGAAGAUCAGAGUGCUACUGCGGAAGCCUGGCAACUGGUUACCCAUUCACCAGCCUGACGGUGAAGACACUGUGCAUAUAAAUGAGCAGAUGAAGCGAAAGCAUGUCUUUGUUGUGGAAGUGAUUUGCUGGAAAGAUAACUGCCCGUUCCCUCUCGGGAAAGUAAUAGAUGUUCUGCCCGUUGGGGCCUCAGUGGAGGAGGAUGAGAAGGUUUUGGAUGCAAUGUUCAAACCAUAUCAGCUUCCACCUAAUCUAGUUCCACAUCCUGCAGUGGUUGUUGGCAAGGCCAUAGUGGACCAUAGGCAUGUGAAAACAUUCACCAUCGACCCACCAAAUGCAAAACGACUGGAUGAUGCAAUAAGCAUCAAAGACGUAGACUUGCAUUAUGAGGUUGGAGUUCACAUUGCUGAUGUUGUCUGCACUUUGGAAAAUGAUGAUGCUCUUUACAGACACGAGACAGAAGAAGAUAAGAGGAGCCUUUCCCCUGGUAAAGUCCGUAAUGUAAUUUCAUUAAUCACUACUGUGGAUAAAAAAUCAGGUCAGAUCACAAACAAAACGUGGCAAUUGUCAAGGAUUAAGUCGAAUAGGAAAUUAGAUUAUGAACAAGCAGAGAAUAUUCUCAGGCAGACAUCAAAUAAUGAUCUCAGGUUUGAGACAGUGGAUGACUGCAUUGCAGUAGCAUAUCAAUUCUCACAGGCUUGCAGGAAAGAGAGGUUGACGUCUAGGUGGGCAUAUUCCAAGCAAAGGGAUCAUCAGUCUGCAGGGAAAAGAAGAUCUUACCUCAUGGUGGAGGAGCUGAACAUUAUGUUUAACCACGAAAUGUCCAAAUAUUUGCUUCAGAGCACUGAGAGCACUGAAAGCACUCCCCUCCGGUGCCAGAAAUCUCCAGAGGAAGAGAAGCUGCAAAAAGUCAAGAGUCGACACGAAAGAUCAGGUUUCAUGCAAAUGUCCGCAAACUUACACAGCCAAUUCUACCCCAAACUGAAUGGGCUCCAACCUUACAAGUUUCCUCACACUAAUGAAGGGCUUUCCAAACCCUUUAAGGUGCUAAAAUCUGUCUGGAGUAAUAUCCAGCAGGCUGCCAGAAACAAAGAGUAUGACAGAAUGGCUGACCUCAUUGGAACAGAUGACCUGUACCCACAACUUCUGCCCACACUCGAACAACUCAGAGAUGCUCAGUCAAAAGCGUACAUAAUUCGGUCAAACUCCUGUGGUGAUGCUGAAGUUGGACAUUAUUCCCUAGCGGUUGGAUCUUACACAUGGGCAUCCUCACCGCUUAGGCGCGAAAUGGACAAGGUCUUGCAGGGGCUGUUUCAUUCAGUAUACAGUAAGGAGUGCAUCCAGUAUUCCACAAAGGACAUUGAUGAACUUUGUAAGCCAUUUGAAAGAGAUACCCAAGACACAGAGGAGCGACACAAGCUGCAGGAAAGCCUGAAACUCUCCAGAAGUCUUACAAAGAACAUCAUGUCCAAGCUGGCAUGUGUCGUAUUUGUGCAUGAAAAUGAAGAUCGCCUCAAAGUGUCUUUCCCAUUCAACAAGGGCUCGCUACCACAGACGUUGCCAUUGCUGUACAGGGACCUGCUAUUGGACGACCACCCUAUGUUUUACAGGGAUGAUGAGCAACAGUUUGUAAAGCUGACCUGGCAAAAACGAGUGUACUUAUACUCUGCUUCAGGGGGACACAAGCAGAAUAAACCUGAGAGGGACGACACUGCAUGCAUUGAGGUACAACAGGAGUUAUGGCACAACAUUGCUGUGGCAGUUCAAUGUCAAGAUUUCAUUGAAGCUGCUAAACUAAUUGAAGUGAUUUCAGAAUCAGAAUGUGGAAGUCAGACAGUUGAUGCUGGUGGAGGAUGCGAGUAUGUGACCGAGUACUGUCGUUCUUUGAGCCAAGGUGACAUACUGAAGUUACAACUGAGAGCUGAACGUGAUAGGAUGUGUUUGGAAGGUCCGAAGGUCCAGCUCUUGUACGUCAGUUGUGAUUUCGUAGUAUGUGUAGAACAUGCUCAUCAGCCGGUAGAAUGUUUCACCAAGCUGGCUGAGUAUCGCACCAAGGAUUACUACAAGGACAUCAAUGAGUAUGUAAAGGUCUGGAAACCCCUGUGCCGCAUGGUAUCAGCCACCACUGCUGUUCGGGACAGUGAAAGCAUAACCAUUGAUGACGUGCCAAUUACAUGGAGACUGAGAGAUGACCUUUUGGAGGGGAACUUCUCUCUUCGCAAAGACUUCAUUAAACAAUGGAAAAUUGAGUGCAACUUGGCUCAGUGUUAUCUGUGCAUCAAGAAAAUGAAUCUGAAGAGGGAAGAGAAACAAUCAGACGAAAUGGGUGAUCCUCAAACCUUCACAUGGGUAGCACAUGGAGUGGUGAAAGGCUUUGAGGAAACUGAGAGAAAAUCUAUGAAGGAGGUGAAAUUCCACAUCAACCACAGAUCAAUGAGCAUUGUUCCUGGUGGCAUAUGCAACAAGGCCUCAUGCUUCUCAGUUGAAAUCAUACCCAAGCUUCCUCCUGAUAUACGAACAGAAAAUGCAGUUAACAACAUUGUGAAGGCAAAUGACCUUGUCCAGAAUAUCGCACUGGGAUGGGGGCUGAAAAAUGACAAUGUCGUAUGCAUACCAAAGAAGACAAUCAUGACACUUGAGAAACCGCGUCAACUUCCACCGCUGAAUGAAAGUCAAUACGAUGCUGUCGCUCAUGCCAUCAACAGCAGUUUCACGAUAAUACAAGGUCCACCAGGUACAGGGAAGACUGUUGUUGGGGCCUACAUUGCCUAUUGGUUCCAGAAGCUGUUGGAGACAGCUGUGGAGCACAGUGACAAGAAAGAAGUAGUUAUGUACUGCGGCCCUUCCCACAAGUCCGUUGAUGUAGUUGCUGAGUACCUCCUGAAGUUUGAAGAAAACCUGAAACCGUUGAGGGUGUACAGCCGGCAGACGGAGAUGCAGGAAUACCCUUACCCAGGAAGCUCCCUACAGCUGUCGCGCAAAUCACGCCAAGAGAAGUCGAGACCACAGCUCAGGAGUAUCACCCUUCAUCAUCGCAUUCGUGAGAGUGGAAACCCUCACUCAGAAGACAUAAAGGCCUUUGAUGAGAGAAUUAAAAAUGGUGAAAUAUCUGAAGAUGAUGAAAAAGAAAUAGAAAAGUACAAGGAGAAGUUGAAUGAAGCUCGUGCUUAUGAGCUGAAGAGCCAUGACAUCAUCCUGUGCACGUGCACAGCGGCCUCGUCUGCCAACCUCACCAAGGCCCUCAGCCCCUCCUUCAUCCUCAUCGAUGAGUGCGCCAUGGCAACUGAGCCUCAAGCCCUCAUUCCACUGGUCAGCUAUGAUCCCAAGAAGAUUGUGUUGCUGGGUGACCACAAGCAGUUGCGGCCCAUCGUGGCCAAUCGGAAGGCCAACAUGAUGGGCAUGUCCCGGUCCAUGUUUGAGCGCUGCAUAUCCACCUAUAAGAAGGCCGCAUGCAGACUCAACGUCCAGUACAGAAUGCAUGAAGACAUAUGUGAGUUUCCAUCAACUGCUUACUAUGGGGGCACACUGCAGACGAUGGUGGAGUGCGGGCCGAGUGCCCUGUGUAUCAGGAGACACGGCAUGAUUCAGCCCACACGCAUUGUGUUUGUGGACAUAGAGGGCACAGAGUCCAGACAGUUCAUCUCCACGGAGAAAGGAAAUGAAAGAUCGGUGGCAAAUGAAGAAGAGUGCAUCAAGGCCACAAAGAUUGCUGAGGAGCUGGUUAAAAUAGGAAAAAUACGGCAAGAGGACAUCGCCAUACUGUCACCUUACAAUGCCCAAGUGGCCAACAUUAAAGCUCAACUAAUGCAGCUUGGGCUUCUGAAAAUUACAGUCAACACCAUCACAAAAAGCCAAGGCAGCGAGUGGCGCUAUGUGAUCCUGUCCGUGGUGCGCUCCUGCCCCGAAGAGGACAUCCCGAAGAGUCCGCCCAGGGAGUGGAACUCAGUGCACAUCGGCUUUGUAGGGGACGCCAACCAGAUCAACGUUGCCAUCACCAGGGCACAGGAUGGCCUUUGCAUUCUGGGUAACCGGAAACUACUGUGCUGCAGCAGAGCCUGGAAACAACUUCUACAGUUUUACACAAAGAAGAAUUGUCUGGUGAAUGAGGAUGAUGUCUGUGUGCGUAAAGUGUCAAGAGCAACGUGGUGUAUGUACUAUACACAGUAAAACAUGUACUCUGGGACCAGAUACACCCUAGAAGAUGUUAAAUUGACACUGUAAGUGUUGAAUUAACACCAUAUAUCUUUUUUUAAAACUGUCUUUUUUUCACAGUGCAUUUUUCUUUUGACAUGUCAUAUGUUGAGGUCCAGUGUGUAACAUUUUUAGGUUUUCAUUAUCAAAUUUUGUGUCGCUCAUUCACAAACGAGUACUCUCGAAUAUCUAUCACCACUAUAGAUUUGAAAUGUUCCUGUUGGCUCUACAUUUUUUUAUCUGUGUCCAUGUUCAUUUAUCUUUUUGAACUCCUUUGCACCUAACCAGGGAAAUAUACACACAUUCUUGUUUUUUGUUUGCGAUAAACUCAUAAUGACAAUGGGUGUCAUCAUAUUGUCACUUGUCAGCCCUAAAAUUUUGAAGAAGGGAAGAGGAGACACAUUUAAGGGUUUGGCUUAUUGUCAAGUUAUUUGGUUCUUCUACUCGUACUUUAUAAAUGCAUGUAGUAAGAAUCAAUGACUCAUUCUACCCAUUGGUCAGGAGUAGCAGUAGGACCCUACCGUGGCGCUAACAGUAGGCCACUUGCCUACAAUGCAGCUGACCCGGUUUCGAUUCCCGGUCUGGGUCCUCUGCGAAUCUUCUCCAUCUCUUUCCCAGCUCACUUCCUGUCUCUCCUCCACUGUCCAGGGCUGCGUUUCCCAACUCUGAAGUAGUACUUAAAGGGACACUGUGCAGGAAAUGGUCAAAAAAGGUACUGCAACUGUGCUGCUCAUUGAAACUGUGUUGUCUAUUGCCAAAUUUGAUCUUUACAUGAAAGUUUACUAAGUAGGCCUAAUAAACAAAUAUUUUCUAGUAUGGUCCAAGUAGGGUCAUUUUUGCAGCUAAAAAUGGCUAUUUUUGGAAAUUCAAAAUGGCGGACCAUGUAGAAGCCCUUUUCAUGUAUGAAAAGUGCAAUUUUCCCAGUCAU